AUGAUGACAGAUGCUCACGCCCCGGUGCCAGGCCUGGCUAACAAUCCCCUUCCAGCGGCUCCGGCUCCUUUCCAUGACUUUGCCAUCACUCAUGGCCAUAUGAUGACAACGGCUCCAGCUCCGAUGGUGGGACACACAGCGAUGAAUGGGGCCCGUAUCAGCGCUCCUGCCGUAGUUCAAGCAACAACACCUCCUCCUCCUGCUCCAGCAGCCGCGCAACCUGCACCAGCAGCCGCCACACCAGCCCCGACAACCGCCCAGCCUUUCAAUUCUACGACUUGGAUGGCCAGUGGACCAGUUUUUGCGGCUUUGGCUCAGUUUAGUGCUGCACCUGCCGUGGCAAAUCCUGCAAUGGAACAGCAGCAACAAGCUGUAGCGGCAGCCGCACCGAGGCCAACUUUUGUCAAUGCCAAACAGUACCGGCGCAUUCUGAAACGGAGAGAAGCACGGGCAAAGUUGGAAGAGUACUAUAGACAAAAACGGGCCAGGAAAGCAGAUCAGGAAGCCAAAGACCCAAAGCCCUACAUGCAUGAGUCAAGACAUCGGCAUGCCAUGAAGCGUCCUCGGGGUCCAGGAGGUCGUUUCCUCACCAAGGCCGAGCUAGUUGAUUACUACAAGAAGCACCCAGAACAAGAUCCCUCCAACCAGAAGGAUCUAAAUGAACAUCCCAAGAGACGCCGCGAAAACGAGCAUUCCUGGGAUUGUGAUCGGGACGAGAGUCAGAAUGACAUCAAUUUUAUGAUCAAAUGCUAG